AUGGUCUUUAAUUCUUCAAUUUGUUGCCUCCUCCUAUACAUUUUUAUAGUUGUUUCUUCUAUUUCUUCUACUAAUUCUUUAAAAACAGAAAACCACAAAUCAGUCAAUCAAACUUUUCGAUCAGAGGAAGAUCUUCAAAAAUUGAAAAAGACAAUAGCUACACGUCUUCAAAAAAUUAACAAGCCUGCAGUUAAGACAAUUCAGGUUCCUAAUGGUGAUAUCAUAGACUGCGUUUUAACUCAUAAACAACUAGCUUUUGAUCAUCCUUUAUUGAAAGGACAAAAACCAAUGGAUCUUCCAAAAAGUUUAAGAGAGAAGAAUCAAAGUGGCAAUAUGAGUGACUUUCAAUUGUGGAACUUAUUUGGUGAAUCGUGUCCUGAAGGAACAAUUCCAGUUAGAAGAGUCACAGAACAAGACAUGUUAAGAGCUUACUCUAUUAAUAGCUUUGGAAAGAAACUUCGCCGAGAAGUCAAGCGGAAAAAUGUGAGUGAUGAGCAUGAGCAUGCAGUUGCAAUAGUGUCCCAGGAUGAAUAUUUUGGAGCACAAGCUACAUUUAAUGUAUGGAGUCCCUAUGUGGAAGUUCAAACUGAAUUUAGCUUGUCUCAAAUGUGGGUUUCGUCUGGUACAGAUGGAGAAGAUCUCAACUCCAUUGAAGCUGGUUGGCAUGUCUAUCCGCAUCUCUACGGUGACAAUCGCCCGAGACUUUUUAUUUUUUGGACGGCUGAUGCAUAUAAAAGCACUGGAUGCUACAAUUUAGCAUGUCCAGGCUUUGUUCAUACUAACCAAAAUUUUCCAAUUGGAGUUGCACUUCCAAAAUUCUCUACAUAUAAAGGACAGCAGUUUGCUAUUACCUUAAAGAUAAUGAAGGAUAAAAACACUGGAAAUUGGUUGCUUGUAAUUGGAGCUGGAAAUAUAAUUGGGUACUGGCCAACUUCCUUGUUCUCACACUUGAAAAAUGAUGCAGAAGAAAUUCAUUUUGGUGGAGAAAUAGUGAAUGAAAAUUCUAGAGGGGUUCAUACUUCCACCGCAAUGGGUAGUGGUCACUUUGCUGAAGAGGGUUUUGGAAAAGCUGCAUAUAUUAGAAAUAUGCAAGUUAUAAAUUCUGAUAACAAGUUGAUUCCAUUGGAAAAUCCCACAUAUGUAGCAUCAAAUCCAAAUUGUUAUAAUAUACAAGGAAAGUAUAGUCCAAAGUGGGGGGAUCACAUGUACUUUGGUGGACCUGGUAAGAGUGAUAAAUGUCCCUAA